AUGAGCGGCAGAGGAAAGGGAGGCAAAGGACUCGGUAAAGGAGGCGCCAAGCGUCACCGUAAAGUUCUCCGUGAUAACAUCCAGGGAAUCACCAAGCCCGCUAUCCGCCGUCUGGCUCGCCGCGGUGGCGUGAAGCGUAUCUCUGGUCUGAUCUACGAGGAGACCCGCGGUGUGCUCAAGGUUUUCCUGGAGAAUGUCAUCCGUGAUGCCGUCACCUACACCGAGCACGCCAAGAGGAAGACCGUCACCGCCAUGGAUGUGGUGUAUGCUCUGAAGAGACAGGGCCGCACUCUUCACCAUCGCUCAGGGUGGUCAAUAAUGGCAAGAACCAAGCAGACCGCUCGUAAGUCUACCGGAGGCAAAGCCCCGAGAAAGCAACUGGCCACCAAGGCAGCCCGUAAGAGCGCCCCUGCCACCGGCGGCGUCAAGAAGCCUCACCGCUACAGGCCCGGUACCGUGGCUCUGAGAGAGAUCCGCCGCUACCAGAAAUCCACCGAGCUGCUCAUCCGCAAGCUGCCCUUCCAGCGCCUGGUCCGAGAGAUCGCUCAGGAUUUCAAGACCGACCUGCGCUUCCAGAGCUCCGCCGUCAUGGCUCUGCAGGAGGCCAGCGAGGCUUACCUGGUCGGCCUCUUCGAGGACACCAACCUGUGCGCCAUCCACGCCAAGAGGGUCACCAUCAUGCCCAAAGACAUCCAGCUGGCCCGCCGCAUCCGCGGAGAGCGCGCUUAA